CUUACUUAGGCUUACUUAGACUUAGGUCCUCCAGCGCCGUUCGGCGAUUUGGGCGGCAAGCUGUCUCCAUAAAGUCAAUAAAGAUGUCAUUGUCAUUGCCAAUGUCUGAAGCCUUCUCCCACCUUGUGUACACUGUUCUGAAUCUGCGUCCGAGGUCCUUCUGCUUCUGGUACUGUAGUGUCUGGCUCCAUGAACUGAAACGACUGAUGAUGGUAAAGUUAAAAGUAAAGUUGUAAAGGCACCGUUACCGUAAAGCCAAAGACUAACUGAGCUGAAUAGCCAUUAUUGGAAUUGUACAGCCACACAAUUAUAAUGAUACCGGUACUAUGACAAAAUUGGAUUUAUAAGCUGACAAAUGUCAUUCGAAAAUUGUUUAAAAGUUUAAGCAUAUAUUGCUUUUAGAAACUCUUAUCAUGGAUGACAUAAGGCAUGACUUUACUAAUGAACUUAAAACUAUCCUAAAAAGUGAGGAGAUAGAUUGGUCAUUAGAAUCAGAGAUGACAGACGACAGUUCAAUGUAUGAAACUUCUAAAUUAAGUUUAGAAGAACAGACACAGAAAUCUGGAGAACAAAUUCAUUCAAUGCCAAUGAUAGAUGAGUUAAAACAAGACUUUACCAAUGAUCUCUGCAAUGUUAUGAAAAAUGAGAAGACAGAAUUGUCUUUCCUUAAAGAGACAUCUGGAUUCAGCUUCAUUGGUCAAACCUGGGAAUCAAUUUUAUCAGAGCAAAAAAUAAAUCCAAAUCAAGAUAUGGCUUCAAACCAAGAUAAACCUAGAAACUCUCCUAACAAAGAUGUGCAUGCUGGAAACCUGGAAGAUGAAGAACAAAAUAGUUCAAAUGUAAAUAGAACGCUCCAGCUGGUUUCUGCUGAAAAACCAUUCUCUACUUCAUCAAUCUCUAAGAACCAUGAAUUAAAGCAUUGCUUUAGAAAAACAUUUAAGUGUGACUUAUGUCAAAAACAAAUGUUUUAUAAAUGUAAUUUGAAAGACCACCUGGCACUUCAUUGUGGAAUUAAAUUAUUCGAAUGUCAUAUUUGUCACAAAAGAUUUAGUUCUGCCACUAGUUUAAAGAACCAUGAGAUGAUUCAUUCUGGAAAAAAGCCAUUUCAGUGUCAAAUUUGUCAAAAAAAAUUCUUUGCCUCCUCUGCUUUAAAAAGACAUGAGAUGAUUCAUUCUGGUAAAAAGCCAUUUAAAUGUCAAAUUUGUGAAAAAGAAUUUACCCAAUCCUCAAAUUUAAAGCAGCAUAAAAAUAUUCAUUUUGGUAAAAAGCAAUUUAAAUGUCAAAUUUGUCAAAAUGAAUUCUCUACCUCUUCAACUUUAAAAAGUCAUGAGAUGAUUCAUUUUAGUAAAAAGCAAUUUAAAUGUCAAAUUUGUCAAAAAGAAUUCUCUACCUCUUCAUAUUUAAAAAUGCAUGAGAUGAUUCAUUCUGGUAAAAAGCAAUUUAAAUGUCAAAUUUGUCAAAAAGAAUUCUCUACCUCCUCAUAUUUAAAAAUGCAUGAGAUGAUUCAUUCUGGUAAAAAGCAAUUUAAAUGUCAAAUUUGUCAAAAAGAAUUCUCUAGCUCCUCAUAUUUAAAAAUGCAUGAGAUGAUUCAUUCUGGUAAAAAGCAAUUUAAAUGUCAAAUUUGUCUAAAAGAAUUCUCUACCUCUUCAACUUUAAAAAGUCAUGAGAUGAUUCAUUCUGGUAAAAAGCCAUUUAAAUGUCAAAUUUGUCAAAAAGAAUUCUCUAUCUCCUCAAAGUUAAAAAAGCAUGAGAUGAUUCAUAGUUCUAAAAAGCCAUUUAAAUGUCAAAUUUGUGAAAAAGAAUUUACCCAAUCCUCAUAUUUAAAGCAGCAUGAAAAUAUUCAUUCUGGUAAAAAGAAAUUUAAAUGUCAAAUUUGUCUAAAAGAAUUCUCUACCUCCUCAUAUUUAAAAAUGCAUGAGAGGAUUCAUUCUGGUAAAAAGCCAUUUAAAUGUCAAAUUUGUCGAAAAAAAUUCAUUUACUCCUCAUAUUUAAAAAAGCAUGAAAUGAUUCAUAGUGCUAAAAAGCCAUUUAAAUGUCAAAUUUGUAAAAAAAAAUUUAGCCAAUCCUCUAAUUUAAAUGAGCAUGAAAAUAUUCAUUCUGGUAAAAAGCCAUUUAAAUGUCAAAUUUGUCUAAAAGAAUUAAAGGGAUCCACAAAUUUAAAUCAGAACGAGAUGAUUCAUUAUGGUGAAAAGCCAUUUCAAUGUCAAAUUUGUCAAAAUAAAUUCACUACAUCAUCAGCUUUAAAACAUCAUGAGAUUAUUCAUACUUGUAAAAAGCAAUUUCAAUGUCUAAUUCUGAAAAGUAAAAGCGGUUGGUAUUUGUGCCUUCCACAUGAAACCCUCGUUAACUGUGGGCCACAGAAACAGAUGCCCUUAACAUCAUCUGCCCUAUAGAUCAUAAAUUCUGAAAGGGGAACUAACAAGCUAUUUAAAUGAUAGAUUCGUCUAAAAGAAUUCACUCAUUCCUCAAAUUUAAAACAGCAGAAGAUAAUUCAUUCAUUCUGGUGAAAAGCCAUUUGAAUGUAAAAUGUAAAAAAAAUCAAUUUAAAAACAUCACCAGAUGAUUCAUUUGAUCAAAAAGUUAAAUUUGUGAAAAAACAAUUCAUACAGUUCUCUAAUUUAAGAAAACAUGAGGCUUCAUUUUGGUAAAAAGCAAGUUACAUGAAAUUUUUCUCAAAAGAAACUCAUUCAGAGGAUUUACAUAUUUAUACUCAUAAAAUGGCGAUUCUUUAGCAGAUAAGGCGUUUUGUGUACUUAAGUUCGCAAAUACAAUUCUCAUUGUCACAGGGCAGAAACAUUUUCAGUGUGGGCAGGUUAAAGACAAAGUUUUUAUUGUCAGUUAAUAUCAAUAGCAUGAAAGAUUGAGCAACAGCUGCUAACAACACAUAGGAAGGGGACAUCCUGGAGUGCUUUUGGGAGGAAUUUUCAUAUCAGCUUGAUGCUGUCCUGGUGGUGGUGGUGGUGGUGGUCACAUUGAGCAUCUUGGACUAAAAACUUGAAGUUAUUUGUAUCCUAUUAGGCAUAAUUUUUUUUAUUGUUAAAUAUAGCACAAUGGUUUUGGCAUAUUUCUUUUUGAAGCAUCAUGUGUGUAUAUAUACAGUUAAGGUGCAUUGCAUUUAUGGACAGGGGAACUAACAAUGGACUAUUUCAAUGCUUGAUUAGUCUAACAGAAUUCACUCAUUCCUCAAAAUUAAAACAGUACAAGAUAUUUAAUUCAUUCUGGUGAAAAGCCAUUUGAAAGUAAAAUGUAAAAACAAAAUCAGUUUUUAAACAGCACCAGAUGAUUCAUUAUGAUAAAAUGUCAUUAUUGAAUUUGUGAAAAAAAAUCAUACAGUUCUCUAAUUUAAGAAAACAUGAGGCUUCAUUUUAGUAAAAAGCCAGUUACAUGAAAUUUUUUUCAAAAGAAAUUCAUUCCUCAUUUUUUAAACAGCAUGAAAGGAUUACAUAUUUAUACUCAUAAAAUGGUGACUCUUUAGCAGAUAAGGCGUUUUGUGUACUUGAGUUUGCAAAUACAAUUCUCAUUGUCACAGGGCAGAAACAUUUUUGUUAGGGCAGGUUAAUGACAUAUUUUUUAUUGUCAGUAAAUAUCAAUAGCAUGAAAGAUUGAGCAACAGCUGCUAACAACACAUAGGAGGGGACAUCCUGGAGUGUUUUUGGGAGGAAUUUUCAUAUCAACUUGAUGCUGUCCUGGUGGUGGUGAGCAGCUUGGACCAAAAACUUGAAGUUAUUUAAGAAACUUGUGUCCUAUUAGGCAUAUUUUUUUGUAUUGUUAAAUAUAGGACAAUGGUUUUGGCAUAUUCUUUUUGAAGCAUCAUGUGUGUAUAUACACAGUUCAGGUGCAUUUAAUGUACAGCUUACUAGAUAUUUAUUCAUAUUCAUCCAGAAUGGAUUAUUAUUAUUUUUUUUUUAUAGAACUCAUGAUUCUAAGACUGAGUAUACCAAAAGUAUGCCUAUAGCUCAAAUAUUCAGAAUUUUCAUUUUUUUUUUCUAGUUUUAUCUUUUUUGGCCUUCAUAAUCCCAUGUUUUUUUAAGGGCAUUUCAAGAAUAACUAUUAGACUCCCAGAGAUGAAAGAUAGCACGCUCAACUUGGACUUAGGUCCUCCUGGGCCGUUUUAGCUUUCUCUACGAAGAUCUGUCACUGGCAACUUGAUGUUUAAGUUGUCUUAAAAUGUUUUCAUUUUACUUACUUGCUCUUGAUAGUGCAUUUGAUCAUUUUUAGCAUAUUUAAAAAAAAACAACACCCUAGACGCAUGUAAUGUUUGUUAAAAUGUGGGGUAUUUAUAUAUCUACAAGAAUAAGUUGUGAUAAAUAAUACUUUAUUUCAAUAUUUUGUACAUAUAAAUAACAUGCCAUGGUUUACUGUAAGACAAAAAUAAUAAGGCUUUUCUUCGGAUCUGAAGAUUAAUGAGGAAUGCAGUAUUUCCUGUGGCUACGCAGUCCCAGCUGUGACCUACAUAUUUUGCCAUUAUUGACGUAGAAUAAUGAAACAAAUAAUGUUAGUGAAAAAGACAUUUAAUUCAUAGUUUUACUUAGAUAAAUCCAGUUAGCUCAAUAAUUAGCUCUAUGAUUUAUUUCAAAUAUUGAGACUCUAUUUUAUGCUAAUUUUAUAAACUGAAAAUCAGAACUCUAUAAGAGCAGAAAAUGUUAAAACCAAGCUUCUGUAUAAUAGUGUACGCAAUGAAAUCAAAUCUUUUAAAAUAAAGAUGUAAAUACUUGAUGAGUAUGUUUUGUUUGUUGAUGCAUGAAAUGAAGUAAUUAUGAUAGUAAAAUAUAUGAUGAAUAUGUUUUAAUCUCCCAUUGAGCGCCUCCCCAGGUGGCGGAUAGAGGAAUGCCCUCCAGAUAUGUUGGGUACCGGGGAAAUAAAAUACCCGGGGUGGACCAAAAUGAAACCUGCUGCCUUGCAGCUUGGGCUUAGAGCGUGGAGACGAAAGGCCCAUGAGAGAUCUGAAUGGAAGGAUGUGUUGAAGCAGGUCAGAGCCCUUCAUGGGCUGUAGCGCCACUGGAAUGGAUGGACAGAUGUUUUGAAUGUCAUUUAAUGUUGAUUACACUUGACUUUCUUUGAAACACUUUGAAAUGGAGUAUAAUGGUGAUAAUAGUCCAAGAAUAUAGAGGGCAUAAUUGAAUAUUGAUAAUACAAAAUGUUUUUUUUCAAUUUAGAAUGGAAUACAUAUGUCCGUUUUUUUUUUUACUUUGUACUUAAUGAACAUAAAGUCUUGAUUCAAUUGAAUAAUGUUACAGGUCUUACAAAUGGAAGUAGCUUCGAAUUUUUCAUUCUUUUCAAAUAAAUUCAUACCUGUACAUUUUUUUUAAAGAAAUUAAUGUAUUCUUAUGAUAUGAUAAUUAUAUAUCACAGUUAAAAAAUUAUUUUUUUUAUGUAAAUAAUUAUUGCUUAGGACAUAACAGGAACUAAACAUCAUAUGUUGAUAAAUACUAAGUAAUUUUUUUUAUUGUACUCAAAGUCAAUGAUUUGAACUCAAUUAAUGAUUAAAUGAUAGUUUUGUAAUAGAUCUUCAAUACAUAUUAAUUUUCAUAUGAUUGUUUUAACUGCAUAAUUUUGAAUGACAACAUCUUGCAAAAUUAUCAUACAUAAAAUGUAAAUUAUACAAGGUUAAAUGAGGAUACCACUCUGAUUGAAUGUUUGUUAGUUAGUGAGUCAUCCUCUUGUCUAAUUAAAUAUGUUAAAAAAAAAAGGGUCCUUAGAUAUGAGUAGGGAAUCUUGUGCUUGGUAAUAAUAAUAAAAAAAGGUAUUAUGGGAUAGAGAGAGAGUGGGUUGAUGUCAGCAACUUUGCAAUACAUAUAGAGUUUUCUUGUGUGUAGUGUAGCAAGAUACAUUAAUAAUUCAAGUGUCAUCUAUGAAUUACAUAAAAGUAUAUUGUGAUUAUUAUAUUUGAGUGGGCCCUAGGCUAUAGCUUGUGUUGCUUAUAGGACUCCUUAGGUGGAAAAAUCACCAAGAAGAUUCUUAUUUUUAUAUUCUUAUUUUCAUAAUUAUAAAAAGAUUCAAACUGAAAGUACCAGGUAGAUAUACUUACCAGUAGGUAGAAAUACAAGUGAUAUGAUAAUUUAAAUAAGUGAUAUAUAACUAACUAAAAAUGCAUGUCUUUUCUUGUCUUUUUUUAAUUAUUAUAAUAUUCAAAUUGAAAGUACCUGUAUGUAGAAAUACAAGUGAUAUGAUUAUUUAAAUAAGUGAUAUAUAACUAACUAAAAAUGCAUGUCUUUUCUGUCUUUUUUUAAUUAUUAUAAUAUUCAAAUUGAAAGUACCAGUAUGUAGAAACACAAGUGAUAUGAUAAUUUAAAUAAGAUAUAAGGUACAAAAAAUGCAUGACUUUACUGUCUUAUUUCUAUAAUUAUAAUAUUCAAAUUGAAAGUACCAGUAUGUAGAAACACAAGUGAUAUGAUAAUUUAAAUAAGGGAUAUACUUUACUAAAAUUGGUUACAUAUAAUUAUAAUAUUCAAAUUGAAAGUACCUGUAUGUAGAAACACAAGUGAUAUGAUAAUUUAAAUAAGGGAUAUACUUUACUAAAAUUGGUUACAUAUAAUUAUAAUAUUCAAAUUGAAAGUACCUGUAUGUAGAAACACAAGUGAUAUGAUAAUUUAAAUAACGUGACCGGUCAUUUCAUCCCCCGUCAUUUCAUCCCCUGGUUGCUGUAUCCCCCGGUCAUUUCAUCCCCUGGUCAUUUCAUCCUGAAUUAAAUAUUUUUUUCAUUGUUAAAUGUGCUGUUGAGGCUUUGACUUUAAGUCCUCAUUUCAUCUAAUAUAUAAAUAUGAUUAUGUAGAAUGCUUUUUGAUAUUUUUUGACAUGUUACUAACGCGUUUAUAUUGUUUCCUCUUCCACUUUGCAUUCUUGAUGAGAAAUCUUAUAUAAUAUAUUGUAAGUAUGGGUGUGUACUUAGCUAUUGCGCUUCUUUUGGAUGUGGGGGAUGUUAUAUUAUAAUAUUAUCCUGUGCAUGACGUAGUGAUCAAAGGCCAAGUUUCGGUAGAAAUGUGAAAAUCAUUUGAGAGAUAGACGUGCCAUUAGAAUAAUUAUGACCAUGCCGCUGAUAACUUAUCAUCAAAGGCCAAGGGGUGUUGGAAGUACAACCCUGUUUCACUUUAUUAUUUUUUUUAAAUCGCUCUUUUUUUAAAAUGGGCGCGUCAUUUUUAGCCUUAAAAAAAAUUUUUUUUUUUUUUCUAAUAAAGGCUGACUCCACCCAUAACACUUUUUUUUUUACAUUACCUCUGUAUUUAUACAUGUUAAAUUUUUAUAGUUUUUAAUGGCAUUUAAUUUUAUUGUUAUCUAAUGUGUUACACUUUUGGCAUUUAAGCUAAAUAAAAAAUGAAUAUAUUAAA